AUGCGAGGCCCCUCGCCGCUGCUGGGCGCCGCCCGGCGAAUGCGCCUUCAGCAUCCGGCGACGUUUGUGUGCCGCCAGUGCCGGGCCAUUCAGAUCAGCGCCGCGCCGAGCACCGACGGGCCCCGGGUUGGCGGGGAUGCCUUUGGAGCUCCCAUUGAGACGGCCAGAGACAUGGCAGACGCGCGGUUCGAAGUCCUCGGCGCACCGUACUCGAUGCUCUCGGUCACGCUCUCGGCAUCUCAGAGGCUCUACACCAGGAGGGGCACUCUCGUUGCCGUGGCGGGGAAGCCAGACAAUGCGCAAUCGACGCUCUCACUGCUCAACCCGCUCUCGCGCGCCUUCUUCGGCGUCCCCUUCCUGUAUCAGCGCAUCUCCGCUACGACUCCCAUCACAGCGCUCAUCUCGACGAAAUCGCCGACGACGACAUUUACGGUGCUGCACCUUGACGGAACCACGGACUGGAUGGUCUCGCAACGGAACGCGCUGCUUGCGUGGACGGGUCACACGCUGUCCCUCUCGUCGCGCAUCCAGCGCAGCCUCUCGGUGGCGCAUUGGGGCAGCACGCACUUGACGGGCCGCGGCCUGGCAGCGCUCUCUGCACCCGGCCAAAUCUACCAGCUGACGCUGGCCGAGGGCGAGGAGUUUGUCGCACAUCCCGGCAGCGUGGUUGCCUAUGCGGUGUCACGGAACGCGCCCCAGCCGUUCCGGUUCAAGAGCUCGAGCCUGCGUCUUCAGGUGCCGUCGCUGACGUCGUGGAUCCCCGAGUCCGAGUUCCUCAAAAACAUGCGCAAGACCGACACGUACAAGUUCCUGGCGCGCACGCUCUUCAACCUGCGCACGACGGCGCGGCGCACAAUCUGGGGCGACAGGCUCUUCCUGCAGUUCAAGGGCCCAGCUACACUGCUGAUGUCGAGCCGUGGCGUGCGCGUUGCCGAGGUGCUGUCGAGCGAGCAGGUCAACGAGAUUGCCGACGCGCCCGCGGGCGUUUUACCGCAAGCCCUGGAGCUGCAAGGCAAGGACAAGACGAAGGAGAUUACCGACGGCGCGGCGGCACCGGCGACGACGACGGAGCAGCCGCCGAGCGCAUUACACGUGGCGUCGGUGCGACGCGACGGCAAGGUGACGUUUGAGGACACCAAGGACCUCAAGGAAUUCGUGCGGUGA